GAUUCCCUCUCAUCCCUUUUUGAUUUCAGAUCGUCUUUUGAAAGAUUUUCUCCCCUCCACCUUAAUUAUAGGAACUACCCGCGCUUUUUCUUAUUCCUUUCUUCCUUCAAUAUGAAUAUCGUUCUUGGGGAUUUUCUCGGUGGGUUUGGUGGAUGAUUGCCAGAUUCGUUUUGCGUUUUCCUUGCUUUCUUUUAACAAGAAGAGCUCUAACUGAAUUUCUACCUUGCUAAACGGAAAAUCCUCACUCUUCUUUGAACAAUGCCUUCUUCGGAUUCGGUUCCUUCCUGUAUCUUAAAGAGGGGGAUUUGCAAGGUGUUAGCCUCCCUCCGCAGUUCUUACGUCGUCUCUGGUGCUUAUAGAGUUCAAAGGCACCUCCUAUUCACGACCGCUCUCUGCCGUUAUUUAUUUCGCGUUCAAAGUCAAAAUUUCCGUCUAUCGUGAUCGCUCUUCCCCUAUUUAUUGAUGAUUCAUCUCUUUCCGGUUUUCUGUGCUUGUGGGUUUUCCCUCGUUCUGCUUCUGGUUGGGCCGUUCUCUUUCUUGGUUCUGAUCGUGCUCUCAAGGACUCGGUAGGUGGAGAAGGUGUUAGAACACCGAAGAUGGAUUUGGAAGAUUCCAUGAAGGGUGCUGCAAAUGGUAUCAGUAAUGAUAAAAUUUUCAGAGCUGAUAAAAUUGAUCUCAAAAGUUUGGAUGCGCAGCUUGACAAACACUUAAGCAGGGUUUGGUCCAAGAACAUUGAGUCCAAAAGGCCUAAAGAAGAGUGGGAGAUUGAUUUGGCCAAAUUGAAUCUGCGAUAUGUUGUAGCUCAUGGGACCUACGGUACUGUUUACAGAGGCACCUAUGAUAACCAAGAUGUUGCAGUGAAAGUUUUGGACUGGGGUGAGGAUGGUGUCGCCACAGCUGCUGAAGCUGCUGCUUUACGUGCAUCAUUUCAGCAGGAGGUUGCUGUUUGGCACAAACUCGACCAUCCAAAUGUUACAAAAUUUAUUGGAGCUUCAAUGGGAACCUCAAAUCUUAAGAUUCCCACAAAGAACUCAUCAAAUGAUGGUCAAGAUUCCCUUCCUUCUAGGGCAUGUUGUGUUGUUGUGGAGUAUAUCCCCUCUGGGACGCUAAAACAACUAUUGUUCAAAAAUAGGCAUAAGAAACUUGCUUUCAAGGUUGUGAUCAAGCUGGCUUUAGAUCUUGCUAAGGGUCUUAGCUAUCUACAUUCAAAGAAGAUUGUACACCGUGAUGUCAAAGCGGAGAAUAUGUUGCUAGAUGGCCAUGGAAACUUGAAAAUAGCUGAUUUUGGAGUCGCACGAGUUGAAGCACAGAAUCCUAGUGACAUGACUGGUGAAACUGGAACUCUUGGAUAUAUGGCACCAGAGGUUUUGGAUGGUAAGCCUUACAACAGAAGAUGUGAUGUGUACAGCUUUGGCAUUUGCUUGUGGGAAAUAUAUUGCUGUGAUAUUCCUUAUCCAGAUCUUAGCUUCGCUGAUGUGUCAUCGGCUGUUGUCCGUCAGAAUUUGCGACCCGAAAUCCCGCGAUGUUGUCCAACAUCAUUGGCUAACAUCAUGAGGAAGUGCUGGGAUGGGAAUCCAGACAAGCGUCCAGAAAUGGGUGAGGUGGUGAGUUUGUUGGAAGCCAUAGAUACAAGCAAAGGAGGAGGAAUGAUACCAGAAGAUGCCAAACCAACUUGCUUCUGUUUCGCUCCAUCUCGUGGUCCCUAACUCUUCAAUUCCUUGUUGAAGCUGAACACACACACACACACACACAUCAUUGCUCAAGGGAAGAUUUUGAGAGAGAGAGAGUUGCAGGUGGUAGAUUUUAUUGCAUGCUUUGCCACAACAUACCCUAACUUGCUUUCCUGGUUAGUGGUAGAAGAGAUGAAAGAUCAUGAAAACAAAAGGGAAAUAAUGUAUGACACGUUUGUUUUUUGGUGUAAUGAGAAGCAGAGAUUGGUUGUAA